AUGGUUCGUCCGGUAGCAUCGGACGAAAACAAAGCGCUGGGGCUGAAAUUCGCUGCCACGGUGACAAGUGAGGUUUCGAAUCAAGGGAGGAACGUGAUUGCUCGCUCUGGGAGUCUCUCUAUCUUCUCGGCGCUCAGAGACUGCUGCCCGUCCGCCAUCCGCAACAACGACCCGUGGAUCGGGCGAUACGGGAUGACGGAGAUCGAGUUCAACAAGGUGCUGGAGAAGAACGGAUUCUCCAAGAUCCGAGACAGAGGAGCAGGAGCCCCGAUCAUCGAGUUCGACAACAGCGACAACGUCAAAGCGGCCCGGUACUUCUUUGCCAACAGGAAAUGGAGGAACCCCAAGGACCCGGAGGACCUGGAGGUGUUGAAGCGAGGAUGGCAGUCCCUGCAGAACACUUCGUACAUCUUCUCUGGUCAGUGCACUUUGGAACGGUUCCUUUCGGUCUGCAGUCAGUUCCACGAACACUGGGAACGGGAACUGCGGCGCUCCAACAGCGAGACGGGCCGGCCGGCGAUGCACAGCUCAGUCUCCUCCGACUGCUCAGAGACGGAGCCCCCCCUGAAGAAAAAGAAGCUCAACCUUCCCACCAUCAACGCUAGCGCCCCCUCUAUCUACAUUCCCAACCUCGUUGCCUCUUCCCUCCCUGCCCGACUCGGGUUGAUGUUCUCCAACGGCAUGUUCGCCCAGGAGCCUUCAUGGCCGAAGCUGGCAGCCCUGCGGCCGGAGGUGGCGGUGGAGGCCUCUAGCGCGCUCAAGGGUAUCGAGGAGAAGGUCCCGAGCCUGACCAGGUGCGACCAGAACGAUUUGGCGGCCGCCGACAUCCUGCUGGCUAUGAAGGCGAAGGCGAAGCCUGCCGUGCAAACUAGCGGGGACGUGGUAUGCUUUUAA